GUGGGCAAAUACAGUGUCGCGCACUUCUAACGCCAAAACUGUACGUAUGGAAGCUUCCAAACGCACACAAUAGGGUAGUCAUUUGCGAUGGUUGUUAUUGAAGGGUGGUACAUCCAACGGGAUCAACCCCAUCCCCAUCCGCCAGAAGUAAUCGAAUCUCAAGUGGUAUCACUGUUUGCCAACGAGGUGCGGCUAGAAUGCGCUUUCUUAAGUACUUCUAUGGAUUAGUUAAUUCCGAUUAGUAGCCUCGCGGUUGUAUACGGGAACGGAUUGCGCUAGAAGAAAAGACCUCAAGAUGAGUGACGGUGAUCAUUCGAAAGUUGGAAAGUUCUACCGAGGAUCAACGGUUUUCAUCACAGGGGCCACUGGAUUUCUCGGUCAGGUUCUUUUGGAGAAGAUUCUGCGGUCGUUGGAUGUCGCGAAAGUGUACGUCAUGAUCCGAGCUAAACGAAAUUCCACUGGCGCAGAACGUCUGCACAGGAUACUGGAAGGGGCAUUGUUUGAUAAAGUUAGGCAAGAUCCACCUGGGAGCAAGGAGCUGCGAAGCAAAGUGAUACCAGUGGAGGUUGAUUUGAGUAGUGAUGGUGAUCUGGUCGAGGGAGAUAUAAAAUCGAGACUACUGGAAGAAGUCGAUGUAGUGUUCAAUCUGUUAGCGUCAAUUAGCUUCAAUGAGCCGCUGGAUUGUGCGAUGAGAACAAAUGUGGUAUACAGCGACCGUUUGCUGGAGUUUGUGAGUCAAAUGAAGCGACUCAAGGUGGUAGUGCAUGUUUCGACUUUUUAUUCGAAUUGUGACAAAAACAUGAUCGAAGAACGAAUCUACGAUGAUAUCGGAUUUGGAGGUUAUGCCAACAUCAUCAAUAUCGUGUCGAAUAUGAGUGAUUCAGAAGUUCGGAGUAUGGAACCUCAUGUCAUCAAACGGUUUCCAAAUACCUAUACGUUCAGCAAAAAGUGUGCCGAAGUGAUGGUACGAGAAAAAUAUGGAUCACUUCCGAUUGGAAUUUUUCGACCACCGAUUGUCACUUCAACGUAUCAGGAACCAAUCACCGGAUGGAUCAACAACUUCAACGGUCCCUCCGGGCUAGUGGUAAUGCUAUCGGAAGGACUCUACAGUGCCGCCUUCCUGGAUACCCGCAAGCGCCCAUUCAUUGUGCCGGUCGAUUAUUGCGUCAACGCUCUUCUUAUGUGUGCGAUUGACAUUGUUGAGCAACGCUCUCUAGCUCCGAUCAUUCCUGUUUAUAAUUACACAAACCCGGACCGAAUCUUCACAUGGGAUAAAAUCUGUGCUCGGUUCUGCGAAGGACUACCCCCGGGCAAACGAGUGCUGGCAUAUUGCCUAACGGCGACAAUCACCCGCAACCCAGUACGAUACGCCAUUUGUAAAACAAUCAUGCGCAUAGAAGGUUUAUUCCUAGAUUUCAUUCGGCAGCUCCGAGGACAAAAACCAGCCAUGUCGCAGAUUUUCGAACGGAUGAUCAGUCAAAGCGAUGUGCUGAAGUUUUUCACCUUCCGCGAGUGGACAAUGCGUAACGACAACAUUCAACGACUGUGGCGGCAGGAAGUGAGCCGGGAGGAUGCGGAAACGUUUCCCUUCGAUCUAACCCAGGUGGAUUGGGAUGCAUACUAUAGGAGUUUCAUACCCGGUGUGGUCAAAUAUGCGAUCCAGCCCAGGAAGGAGAAGGAACAGAAAUCGAAUGUUGAUAAGGGCAAAUGGGAAGGCAAGCAGUGUACGCUGUACGCUAUCUGGAGUAUUCUGUUUUUCAGUUUGCUGAAAUUGGUGAAGUACUUUAUUGGGCGAUAAGUGGCAAUAAAACGGUAAUGCUUGUUUUGAAUUAUGUCAAUAAAUGAAUUAUAUCAAUGUGUAAUUUAAAUAGAAUCGACCAUUUUUACUUCAUUCACUAAGCACCUCAUAUGUCUCAUAUAAAAUAAGACCUGCCAAAGAUAAGCACAACUUAUUAUAACAAACAAAUAUUUAACUAGUAUCGCAUUAGCUUCAACUGGUUUCGAACUCUUCGUUUCAUUUGUAAGAUAUUGUUUUACACUAAUAAUUAGCGAUUAACGUAAGAUAUUGCAUUUUAAUAUUCUAUGGGUUCUAGUAAACUGAAUGAAGGGAAGUAAAAUUCUUAUCAAUACAGAUAUAUCAAACUUAUACUUUCAGCACGCGCACGUUCCGGGAGAGCGCUUGCUGGCUCUGUCGUGCUGUGUAUUACAAGCUGUUAGUUCUCACUAGUGAUGUACAUAGAAAAUAAAACAG